GGUACAUCGCAGAUGUGUUAGACCGAUUGAGAGGUUUGGUACUUUUGCAACAAAAGUUGAUUAGACAUACUUACAUGAGGAAGGUGACUAUUAUAUGAUAAACCGUGUUUCAUAUUGAGUUGUCUGGGCUUAAUUGAUCCUAAUCUGUAAUUCAACAAUGGAGGGAAUGUUGAGCAUUUUGAUUUUGACUAUGUUGUUGAAAUCAACGAAUGGACAAUUGUUAUACGAUGAUUUGGAGGAAGAGCAAAAAUGUGUGAACGUGGCAACACACAUUAUAAAAAAUGAACUACAACAAUUUACCAAAAACAUUGAAAGAAUGGUGAAGCAAAAUAUGGAAGGAAUAAAAAAUCUCGACGCAAGUGUCAGGAAUAUAGGAGAUAAAUUAACCUGCAGUGAUAGAUUGACACCCAUAUUCGGCACCGACUGUGCUGACAUUUUAAAGAGAUACCCAGAUACAAGAUGGAAGAACGGGGUGUACGAUAUUUUUGGUUUAAACAGAACAAAGGCCGUGUACUGUGAUAUGACCACUGACAACGGAGGUUGGACGGUGAUUCAGCGGAGAGUGGAUGGAUCGGUGGACUUUAACAAUAACUGGACGGAAUACAAGAACGGGUUUGGAUUUGCUGAUCAUGAGUAUUGGAUAGGAAAUGACAUGCUACAUAGACUGACGUCACAGAAGCUCCAGGAACUGCGAGUAGACAUGGAGAGAUUCAACGGAGAAAAGGCCUAUGCUGUUUACUCACGGUUUGCUGUCGGUAACGAGACCAGUAAAUAUAAGUUGGAGGUGAAUGGAUACAGUGGAAAUGCAGGGGAUAGUCUGAAAGUACACAACAAUAAGAAGUUCUCCACACCGGACCAGGAUAACGACAAUGACAGCCGUUCCUGUGGCACCACCUGGAGAUCGGGAUGGUGGUUCGACCAUUGUUUCCAGGCCAACCCUAAUGGACAGUACACCGACUCUGAGAAAACUGAUUUUAAAUAUAUUUCAUGGUAUCACUGGAGAAACUCGCAUAUAUCUCUUAAAACGAUGCAGUUGAUGAUUCGUCCUCGAUUCUGACAACGAGAUGUAACGUCAGAUAGAGACAUCAUUACAUGUUUAAAAUAUGGGCAAGUUUAUCAUUUUUACAUAAUGCUGCAAUUGAAUUUAAAUACUUUCGUCACUUGUAUGUAAGUUGUAUUCAUGUACAUGUAUUCUAUUUUACGAGGAUUAUCAAACAAGAAGUGAUAGAGUAUCAGUUUUUAAGUUUUAGUAAUGAUAACUUUAAAUAAAACAUAAAAUUGAUGUCAGCGUUGUAAAGAGAAAGUAUAUUAAUUUAAUAUAAUGUCAUCCUGAUGCGCACUCAAGAAUGAUUUAUUUUUUUAUACAUGUAUAAUAUUCAGUCUACUUACCGAUGCUCGUACAUACACACACACAUGUCAAAAAAGAUCAAACUUCGGUAACUACACAGAUUAUAAAUCAAUUACAAAUAAACUUUUUGUUAUACAUUAUAUCGGGCAAAUCAAAAAUACAUUAAUUUCACACACACACACACACACACACACACACACACACACACACACACACACACACACACACACACACACACACACACGUCAGGGUCCUGACAAACAUUAAUACAUGUAUAUGCGUAUAGAAUACUAUUUUUGAUAAAUAAAAACAAAUAAUAUGUACAAAAUUCAACUCUAUUAAGCUUUUACCAAUAUAUUGAACCAAAAGGCAGAUCAGUUUGAUGGCAGAUUUGGAAUUAAAAAAAUGAUUUUGUUUCUAAAUGACUAAAGGUUUAAUUACACACUGAGGUUUGAGAGGGCACAACACCUAUUCCAAUGCGACCUAGUAGUCUGGUGGAAUUUAUAUUCGACAAUAUGACCGACGCUUCUCCUACUUAUCUAGACAUUUCAUAUUAUUUAACACAUAAUCGCCAUUUCGUUUAAGGUCUUUUAUUAUUUGGAGUAGUUACCUUUUAUAAUUACUUUUAACUUAGAGUAGUUUCCUUUUAGAACAGACUAAAAUGACAUGCAGCGUCCAGAUUAGUUCAUACCCCCACAAAGGGAAGUAACAAAACGCUUAAAUUAAAUAGCUACAAAACAAACAUGCAGUGACGAUACUGAAAGAGUAUUUGAAAGGUGAAAUUGACCAUUUUGAAGGGUUCGUCUCUAUGUAGAUUUGAACGAUAUAUAUCCUUACCGCUUUAACCUGAAAUUGCAUUGUUCAUCGCUUUUAGUAAAUAAAAGUCUCACCUAAUAGUCCACAGGAACACAAAACACUUUACCUCGCCAUCUUUAGGAUUUAUCAACCCGUCAGUCGGUAACAAACCAAUGCAUGUAUGAAUUAAAUUGAGACUGAAUUCUCUGAGAUAUAUUAUCAAAUAAAAAAUGAUCAUGAUGAACAAAAUCAUAUAUUGUGAAUGAACUCUGCAUACAAUCAGGUAUUACAAUAUUUUGUUGCGUAAAUAUAUCUAUAGAUUGUUGUUAAUAUGGAGAUACAUUUAUAUGAUAUAUCUCUAAAUGUAUAAAUAUAUGAUUUAGCACAUGUAGAAAUUGCAAGGAAGUAAUUGUUUAUGUAAGAGCAAUAAUUUAUUUAAUUAUGUACGUCGUGUAAUUAUUGUAUAUAAAUCAAAUUGUCUACAUAUUGUUUAUCAUUUUUAUGUUAUGCAUAUUAUAAGGCAUAUUCUCAUUGUAUAUUUCAGGGUUUCCGUUUUAAUACAGCAUAUAAAUCAUUACUACAAGGGUUGAUCCAAAAGUAAUGUCAUACUAUGCACUGCGCUUCUCAAUGAUGUGUUAUUGUCUAAAAUGAUACAUCAAAUUUUCCUUAUUAAAAAUUAAUUUCGAAUCAAAAUUUUUAUUAUAUUUCGUUGAACAAUUAACAAGAUAUUGAUGUUUAUAGCAUUAUAUAUAUACGUGACAUCGCCGCGUCAUGAGUUUACAUCUUUUCUAAGGUUUGUACAUAUUAAUAAAGUACAUGCUUCAAAAUUUGAAAAUGGCUAUAACACCACAAUAUUUCAAAAUAGAUAUAUUAUUAACUGUUUUAAAAAAUAAGGGACCGUUACUGUCCAUUUCGGAUAUCUACCCAAUGAAUGUUGUCUCUAGAUCAAGGGAUAAAAAGGCUGGACAUGCAAAUAGUGAUACGAUGUAUUUUUUGCUUCGAUGGAUAGAAAUCACUGGAAAAUGUACUGAAUUGAUAUAUCAACCUAAAAUUGUGAAUGAGUGAACAGGGUACCUUAAACGUGGCUCCAAUAAUUAUAAUAAAAGCAUAUGUCAUGUUAAUAAAUAAAUUACAUGUAGAUAGACAGAAGACAUACGCUCUGAAAGGAAAAUUAAAGCUGGGUUCUUACAAUGGCUAUAUCAUAAAGCUCCGUUCAUGACUUCUUUAAGAGACCUGAACAAACUGAUCGCACAUUAGAUUACACACACAUAGAUCGCACAUUACUUUUGGACCAACCCUCGUAUGAUUCAAACCACCUGUAUUGUUAUUUUGGCCCAAAUUGUAACGCUAAUUCAAAUUUUUCAUCAACUUUCCUUACUUAUGUAGCAAUAAACCUGUAUCAACUGCU